UUACAUGCAAGAGCACCGAUCUCCGUUACAAUAAAGAUCAAGGGACCUUCCGUUUAAUGUAAACUUACUUACUCCAGCUAUCGGCAACUUACACGCAGUCCCGUGAAAUUGCUCUCUUAAUCUAGCCUAGCCUAACCUAACAGAAAGGUGAUGUAAUAUCUAGGCAAAGGACAGACCCCGCGCGUACUACAAAUAAUUGUUAUCGAUACUCUAAUAAGAUCGAGGAAUAAAUGGUUAAAUCAUCUGUAAGUAAAGGACAAGAGGAUGCUGGAGGCUGGCUGGUCCAUAAUGGAACAUAAUGGAAUUCAGGAUCCAACGAACGUGGGCUGAAUAGCGAAAAAAAAUAUGAAAUGCCCGAAGCUGUCAUGGAGGCGGUCGAGUAGAGGGUGAUAAUGAUUACAGAGUAGGUAGAGCAAAGCAGAGAGUAGGAAAGUGGAGGGAGUUGAGAACGAGGGUGAGGACGAGGAUGAGUGCCAGGUACUGUGGAGAAAUAGAGGGAAAAGAAGAAAAUAGAAUGUCCGGAGAAUGGGAGGGCGUCGAUGGGCGUUCCGCGGUCCCGCGAUGAUUACAGACUCGGCGAGCCUAUAAUACUCAUCUUCUCCUUCCUCGCAUGCUUCUAUACCUUUCUUUUUUUUUAUAUCUCUUUUUCCACUGCCUUUUUUCGUCUUUACAAUCCACUCUGCCUUCGGAGUAAUGGAGGGAUGGAACUAUCGAAGGCAGGAAAGACGUACAGAGAGAAACAUACUUCUUUUUUUCUACCACGAAUAUAUUCGUCCUUUGAUUCCUUGAGGUCUUUGUAUUCUCAAAAGACAAAAAUUUCAUACGAACGCAACCCUUGAACCCUCAACCCUUGAGUGCAAGCGCAGUGCAAAAUAAUACGAAUCACUUUAAAGUCCAUCACUGGCAUCGUAAUGAAAUCAUCCCGGUUUUUGGACCUGCGCGUGUUUCCUUAGUAAAAAAAGAAAGAAAAAAUGCUAAUGCAUGCUAACGGAUUUACAAAUCAGUCACCAUGACGUGGAGAAGCGUCACUUUAUUUCAACGUAUCGAGGAAACUUGAAAAUCAACGUUACUCGACUUUCAAGAAAAUGUCAAUUAUAACGAAUAAAAAAAAACUGGACAAACUUUCAGGUCGCAAACAACUGGACCAACUGCUAGAUCAGAGUCUCUCAGGAGGAACUAUGGGAUGUGGAGGCGGUGAUCACGAGGUUGAAAUCUAUCCAGCGGCCAAGGCCAGAAUAAGGGAUCUCGUGCACGAGAUGCCAUCGUCAAUUGGAAUGGGCGGAAAGCCAAUGGAGAUAGUGGAUAGGCCAGUGGCGAGAGGACUCCAGAGACGAGGGCCAAUUUUCUCGUACGUGGCGAAGUCCCUGAGGUCCUUAAGGAUGGUUGAAACGAUAGCGGGGGACACGAAUACUGUUUCUCUAUGGAAAGGACAUGUCCUUUGCCACUACCGAAAGUGCCCUGACGUUAGGAAUUUUUAAAAAAGAGGCUUUCCAAGAGUGGAGUGGAAGAUUGCAAAGAGUCAGUGACGUCAUCUUCCGAUACUUAUGGGAUACACGCUUAUUGUUAGUUAAUUAUAUUCUACCUUUGCAACGUACUCUAUCAAGAUCAAACGUCUGAAUUAUUUCACGAGAGAGAUAUAAUAUUUUAAAGAUGGAAAACUAUUUUUAAAAAAAC